AUGAACACUGAAACAAAGGAAAAAAGUAUUGUAAAUAGUUGCUUCACAUGCAAGGGUGAAGAAAUAGAUAAAAAUAAACGUACGAGACUGUUUGGUAAAAGCAAAACUCACGAUUUCGUGGGUAUCCUUCGCGAAACUGCGAAAAUCGACUUAGACAUUUACAGUGACAAAUGUGGUCCGACUUCAUUCUUGUGUCGUAACUGUGUAAAUAAAUUAAAGCGUCUGGACGAAGCUAACAAGUCCGUAAGUGAGUUGAAUAAGUACUUUCGAAAUUUAUUUAAUGGAAGGGAACUGACACAGAAUAACGAGCCAAAGUGAAGAUUGCAUGACACUAGUUUCGAAGUCACAGAGAUAACAAGAAAGUCUCUAAAAUUUGAUGAACAAGAUGACCCCUUACUGGACUCGGACAGUGCAAGUGGCAUUGAACAGAAAGACGUUACUUUGAUUGUCACACAGCCUUUUAUUCCCACCGCCACCGUUCAACCAGGACAAGCGUCACAAGCCUUAACGAGCAAUAUUGAUUUGUGCCCGAUAUUUAUGUCCACGCCUAAGAAAGCGCCAGUGAACAAAAAAACUGAUGAGAGCAGGGUUACUAUCUCUGUAAAGUAUCCUUCAAAGGUGAAAAAUAAAAACAUUGUAGGAGACUUUGCCAAAAUUGUAAAAGCCAUUUUGCACCAAAAUCCUACAGGGAUUGCUAAUGUCGUUGUCAAAUCGAAACAAUUACGAGAGAAGGUCGUAGAUCGUUUGUUACAACUUAUCAAGACAGAAAUUGACGAUUUGUGUUCUGUAAAAAACCCGUCAAUAUUACGCGGAACAACGAAAGAGAAAUUAUUGCAGUUUAGCCUGGAAAAAGUUUGCGAUGAAUGGGCGGAACGCGCUCCAAUGUUUCAUUCGUUUUUGCGUGCGUGUUGUUCGAAAUCCAGAGGCACUGCCAAAGAUUUAGAGUGGUCUCCUGCAAUGGCUGUUGCUGGAUCAGUUCUACUAAAGCAGCGAAAUAAGCAUAUGAAUGCACUAGCUUCCAUAAUAGGACUAACUAUAAAAACCAAAUCGUUAGAGGUGAGUCACCUGGAAAAAACAUACUUGAUUUUAUACACAAUUAUUCUAUUUGCCUGCUUUUUUACAAUACAUUUGUUUGUAUGAUUUUAUACAAUCCAAUGACCAUACAAUAUGUACAUUUUUGUAUAUGCGAGUUCUGUUUUGCAGCAGUCUUGAAAAUAUAGAUAGAUCAAUGAAACCCCUUCAACUAUCAAACAUGUUCACACAACUAUAUGUUUCAUUACAAUUUAUACGGCUAUUAUAUGUGAUUUGUAGACGGUGAUUAACACUUGUGCGAAGCUAAGAAUCACAUGCUGCAAUCAAACAGUCUUACGAAAAAUGGACAUCUUGGGAGAAAACCACGACGAGCUGUUGAAAACUGCCAAACGAAAUUUGGAGGACACGUUCCAAGAAGAAAACGGUUCUUCGGUCCAUCCAGGUUAUACUAUCCCUUUUGAUAAUGUUGACGUCAGGAUUGAACGUAGACAAAUGACAAAGACAUCCCAAAAUAUGGAUUGCCAUUGGGUUAAUCAUCUUUAUGUAGAGAACAGAAUUUCGGGAAGUCAUUUGCCAACCCACUGCAACAAGAGUAUUGAUAGCUUGGAGAAUAUUGAUCUACUU